CCCCGGGGGUGUCCCCCACAUGCACGCGCACCCCUCUCCCGCGUCACGCCCAGCCUGGUACACGCCCCCUCCCCUGAGCCUAGGGAGCCAGCGCCGGGUCCGUUAUCGAGUGUCGUUCAGCCCGGUCACCUCCGCAAUAGCAGCCGCCAUGUUCAGCUGGGUCAGCAAAGACGCCCGCAGGAAAAAAGAGCCCGAGCUCUUCCAGACGGUUGGCGACGGGCUUCGCAAGCUCUACAGCCAGAAGCUGUUUCCCCUGGAGGAGACCUACCGCUUCCACGACUUCCACUCCCCGGCCCUGGAGGAUGCCGACUUCCACAAUAAGCCCAUGGUACUGCUGGUGGGCCAGUACAGCACCGGCAAGACCACCUUUAUCCGCCACCUCAUGGAGCAAGACUUCCCCGGCAUGAGGAUCGGCCCGGAGCCCACCACGGACUCGUUCAUCGCUGUCAUGCACGGCCCGGUGGAGGGGGUCGUGCCCGGGAACGCUCUGGUAGUGGACCCCAAGAAGCCCUUCAGGAAGCUCAGCGCCUUCGGCAAUGCUUUCCUCAACAGGUUCAUGUGUGCACAACUACCUAAUCCCGUCCUGGAGAGCAUCAGCAUCAUAGACACACCAGGCAUAUUGUCUGGGGAGAAGCAACGCAUCAGCCGUGGCUAUGACUUUGCUGCAGUCCUGGAGUGGUUUGCGGAGCGAGUGGAUCGGAUCAUUCUGCUCUUUGAUGCCCACAAGCUGGAUAUAUCAGAUGAGUUUUCUGAAGUCAUCAAAGCACUCAAAAACCAUGAAGAUAAAAUCCGGGUUGUCCUUAACAAGGCAGAUCAAAUUGAAACCCAGCAGCUUAUGAGAGUGUACGGAGCCCUCAUGUGGUCACUGGGCAAGAUCAUCAACACCCCAGAGGUGGUACGUGUGUACAUCGGUUCAUUCUGGUCCCAUCCACUGCUCAUACCAGACAACCGCAAACUGUUUGAAGCAGAGGAACAAGACUUGUUCAAGGACAUUCAGUCACUGCCAAGGAAUGCUGCUCUCCGCAAGCUGAAUGACCUCAUUAAACGAGCCAGGCUGGCCAAGGUUCACGCCUAUAUUAUUAGUGCAUUAAAAAAAGAAAUGCCAAAUGUAUUUGGGAAGGACAAUAAGAAGAAGGAUCUUAUUAACAACUUGGCUGAGAUCUACAUUAAAAUUGAAAAGGAAUAUCAGAUUUCUCCCGGAGACUUUCCAAAUCUCAAGAAAAUGCAGGAAGUUCUAAUGACACAGGACUUCUCCAAGUUCCAGCCCUUGAAACCAAAAUUGCUGGACACAGUAGAUGACAUGUUGUCCAAUGACAUUGCCCGGCUUAUGGUCAUGGUUCGGCAGGAAGAGUCCCAAAUGACAAACCAGGUUGUUAAAGGUGGUGCAUUUGAAGGAACCAUGAAUGGUCCAUUUGGCCAUGGCUAUGGUGAGGGAGCUGGAGAAGGUAUCGAUGACCUAGAGUGGGUUGUAGCCAAAGAUAAACCAACUUAUGAUGAAAUCUUCUACACUCUUUCCCCUGUGAAUGGAAAGAUCACUGGAGCCAGUGCCAAGAAGGAAAUGGUGAAGUCCAAACUCCCCAACACAGUGCUGGGUAAAAUCUGGAAGUUGGCAGAUGUGGACCAUGAUGGGCUUCUUGACGACGAAGAGUUUGCCUUAGCAAACCAUUUAAUAAAAGUCAAGCUAGAAGGGCACGAAUUACCAGCCGACCUUCCUUCACAUCUAAUUCCACCUUCAAAGCGGAGAGGGGAAUAAACACUGUACUGCCUUCACUUUCUCCUCUUCUACAGAAUCUUCCACACGUAUGUUCUUCUUGAAUGCCUGCACCACAAAGAACUCCAGCAUUGGCAGACGAACUCUGGGACAUCCAACGUCAUAACACGGCUUUAAUAAAAUAAAAAGGACUGGAUUGGAAGAAACCGAGUGUUGUGCAAGCAGUGAAAUUCAGUUGUUAUACUUGUUGAGCAGCUUGUGGACAAAGAGUCGGUUCAAUUACACUUUCUGUCUUAGGUAUUAUUGUGUUUUGAAUGGUGGUCAACCAUUUUAUUACAGCAUAAGCUCAAUAUUAUUAGCACCAAUCUACACUCCUAGAUUUUGGUUUGACAACAUGUUCAAACUCCUUUGCAUCAGAGGCAAUCUUCA